CAUCGUUUCCAGUUUGAUCAGCUAAAACCCUAACUUAUGCAAUCGAUCGCAGGAAGGAAAUCCUUGCAUUCGAUGGGAAUUAGCUGAUUGAUUCAACAGAUAUUCUUCAUUGACAUGUUCUUCAGUUUUUAAUCGAGGAAGAAAGUUCUGGCUUAAGAUGGAAUGCUUGGUUCAGGGUAUUAUAGAGACUAAGCAUGUUGAGGCUCUGGAAAUCCUUCUUCAAGGACUCUGUGGAGUUCAUCGAGAGAGUUUGAGAACUCAUGAAUUGUGCUUGAAAAGUGUCCCCAAUCUUGGAACGGUAUCAUCUGACGUCCGACUCCUCUGUGAUCUUGAGCAGCCAGAACCAUCAUGGACUGUUCGACACAUUGGUGGGGCGAUGAGGGGUGCCGGAGCUGAGCAAAUUUCGGUGUUGGUGAGGACUAUGGUCGAAAGCAAAGUAAGCAAAAAUGCUCUCAAGUUAUUCAAUGCUCUUGGAUACAAGAUAGACCAUGAGCUGUUAAGAGUGGGGUUUGCCUUCCAUUUCCAUAGGGGUGCUCAGAUAACCGUCACGGUUUCAUCAAUUAAUAAAAUGCCGAAACUACAUGCCACCGAUGAAGCAUUACCGGUGAUGCCAGGAAUACAGCUGGUUGAAGUCACUGCUCCUGCGUCAUCCGAGAACUACAACGAAGUUGUCGCAGCCAUGUCAUCUUUUUGUGAAUAUCUUGCUCCGCUACUCCAUCUAUCGAAACCUGGUGUGAAGACCGGAGUAGUUCCAACUGCUGCAGCGGCAGCUGCGUCUCUAAUGUCGGACGGCGGAGGCACGGCGCUCUAGUUAAUUCUCAGCGGAUAAUACCAUACCAGGUAACAUCAAAAUUACAAGCGACCUCAGCUACUCUCAAAAUCAUUUCUUUUUAGCACUGUUGUCUUGAAAAAUAUGCUUUGCUAGCGUGUGAACUUCUUCUUCUGUAUGUGCUAUUUUUCACUCCUAUCAGUUCAGUAGCGAAAUAUACAAUGAAGCUUAUCUACAGUUUGGGUUAAAUAUUAUUGCCCCCAAUUCUUAAAUGAUCUCUUACAAAGGUUUAUUUGUCUGUCAAUCAUUAGAGGAGUUCUGAACUUAAUUAUUAUUAUUAUGGAGGGUCCUGCCCUUGCCCGCCAUGUAGGAGUGGUCCUUUUUUGGGGCUACAAAGCCCACUUGAUUUGGACACUCAUUUUGAUUGAUACAAACAUUUCUUCCCAAUUGGUGGCUGAGCUUCCUUUCAUAGUUCAUACUCUCUCUCUUAAUUCUGAAUUUUAAUUUUAAUUUUUGGGGCUUACAUUGCACCCACGUCCACACUAUCACCAUGUUCUUAAUACUAUUGUCCUUUUUAACAAAAUCCUCGUUCCAUCCAGAAUAUACCACUGUCCAUUUUUCACCCUUAUUCUCUCUCUCUCUCUAUCAUCAUUUCAUGAUUACUUCACUCGUAAGUGAAUUUCUUUGGAUUCGUGACUCCCGGGAUCUCAACUCCCGAGUUCAUUGUAACCCCUAACCUAGAACGGUAGGAGUUGAGCUCCGGGUCCCCCUCUGAGUAGUUUGACGUGUCAAAAU